AUGCAGGAUAUGAGAGAAAUAUCUUUGGGACUGCCUUCUUCGCAGUCUCUGGAGGUAGGAGACAAAGUGGUUGUAGAUAGAAUAUACACAGGCACUGUGAAAUAUAUUGGGCGAGUUGGUACAAAAAAGCACAACUGCCUGGGUAUUGAGCUAGAUACUGCGAAUGGCGACAACAAUGGAAGCAGGGCCGGACGAGUCUACUUCCAAUGCAGGCCAAGACACGGGGUAUUCAAGGAGUACCGAGAUGUAAAGAAGUACAGGCCACUGGAGUACAACCAGACAGGGAUCAUUAAUACAACCGAAAUAGAAGAAGUUCCAAACUCAAAUGCUGUGAGUGAGCUACUAGACGACAAUGUUCAGAUACAAAGAAUGCUUGAAGAGCUAAGAAAAGAAAAUAAAAAUCUGAAAGAAGAAGUUCAGAGAGAAAAAAAAAGAGUAUCUCUAUUAGAGGAUGAAAUAAAGCUAAGAAGAGAAAGGGAAAGAAUACUAAGCACUACUUCGGAUCGGAGUGGGAUAGUGUCAAUUAUAUCUGAAAUUAUAAGCAAAAUAAAGGAGAAAAUAGAGACUGAGCAUCAGAUAUUCAAUAUAAAUAAACUUUAA